UGCGCAAAGGAACACAAUACUGCCAUUCAGAUGAUUGUGGGCUGUGCUGCAGUUCAUUUGUUUGAGAGGUGAUACUUCACAUUAUAUCACACAUCAACAGGAUCAUUCAUUCAUUUUCCUAAACCAGGAAAUAUUAUAUUUUGCCCGCUGUUUGUGCCAGCUUUAUAGGAUUCAAUCAUGGGCAGUCUGAUUAGCAAGGUGAAGAUAUGCCUUUCUGCAUUGUACCCUGUGAGGGCUCGUGUUCUCCUCCUUGGUCUUGAUCACUCUGGCAAAACCACCACCCUUUACCAACUAAAGCUGAAGGAAAAAGUCACCACCAUCUCAACGGCUGGAUUCAAUGUAGAGACUCUGGACCCUAUCAAUGGAGUUUCUUUCACGGUGUGGGAUGUUAGUUUAAAUCCUGAAACGUGGCUUUUCUACAAGCAUUAUUUUGCGAAUACACAAGGUAUGAUGUUUGUGGUGGACUGCAAGGAUAGAGAAAGACACGCAGAUGCCAAACAACUUUUGCAUACGAUCUUAGGAGAGACUGACAUGGAAGGCGUGCCAUUUAUUAUACUUGCCAACAAGCAAGAUCUGCAAGAUACAAAACAACCGUCUGACCUGGCGUUGGAGUUGGAGUUGGAUAAGUGGACUGGACAUGCCUGGGAAAUACUUGGAUGUUCUGCCAUGUCUGGUGAUGGACUACAAGAAGCCCUAAGUACACUUUCUGUCAUGAUUAAGAAACGUGGAAUAACUAUGUCCUAAGGAACGUUACCUAUUUCUGUAAAUAUUUGCCCAAAAAUUCAGCUGGCCAAGCGAUGGGAAGACGUGCUAAUUGCUGCAGGUAGAUUAAAAGAGCCCGGUGGCCAUACAGAUCCAUGACAACUGUCUUUAAAGCUUUGUCAUUUGUAAGAACUGGAAAGACUGCUGCUUUUUUUUUUAUGAUACAACAUCCUUCUUGUGAAUGUGCCCUUAAAGCAUUAUUAGGUUAAACGUGUAAAUAACUGUCAUGCUAAAUCCGCCUUUCUCAUUUUUUUACCAUAGAGCAGUGGUCUUCAAACUGUGGGCUGGAUGUGGCACUUUUCUUGCCUUUAUCUGACCCUUUGGGGUACUAUUCUCCCAACUGACACCAAUGAUGGGGCGCC